AUGGCGCGGGUUUACGCCGACGUCAACCAGAGCAUGCCUCGCAGCUACUGGGACUAUGACAGUGUCAACAUCAGCUGGGGCGUCCUCGAGAACUACGAAGUCGUCAGGAAGAUCGGUCGGGGAAAGUACUCAGAAGUCUUCGAAGGAAUCAACGUCGUCAACUACCAAAAAUGCGUCAUCAAGGUCCUCAAACCGGUUAAGAAGAAGAAGAUCAAGCGUGAGAUCAAGAUCCUCCAGAAUCUGGCCGGGGGACCCAACGUGAUUGCGUUGCUGGAUGUCGUACGGGACUCGCAGAGCAAGACUCCUUCCCUCAUAUUCGAAUAUGUCAACAACACCGACUUCCGAAGUCUCUAUCCCAAGUUCAACGACGUCGAUGUGCGCUUCUAUAUCCUUGAGCUCCUGAAAGCGCUGGACUUUUGCCACAGCAAGGGCAUUAUGCACAGAGAUGUCAAGCCACACAACGUCAUGAUUGACCAUGAGAACAGAAAGCUACGUCUCAUCGACUGGGGUCUGGCCGAGUUCUACCACCCCGGGACCGAAUACAAUGUCCGUGUUGCGUCACGCUACUUCAAAGGACCCGAGUUGCUGGUAGACUUUCAGGAAUAUGACUACAGCCUCGACAUGUGGAGUCUGGGGGCCAUGUUCGCAUCUAUGAUCUUCCGCAAAGAGCCUUUCUUUCACGGUCAAAGUAAUUCUGACCAGCUGGUCAAGAUUGCCAAGGUUCUCGGCACCGAUGAUCUCUUUGACUACCUCGACAAGUACGAGAUUGAACUGGAUACCCAGUAUGAUGACAUUCUGGGACGUUUCCAGAAGAAGCCAUGGCAUAGCUUUGUCACGUCAGAGAACCAGCGCUUUGUCUCCAACGAAGCGAUCGAUUUCCUCGACAAACUCCUUCGCUACGAUCACCAGGAACGACUCACUGCGAAGGAGGCCCAAGGACAUCCCUACUUUGACCCCGUCCGCGACACUGAGGCAUUCAAGCAAAGC